AUGGAAUGGACAUACUCGGUUUAUAUGGGAGUUACUUACGGUAUUUCGUGUACUCUUUUUGUGGUCAUCAGUACAGGAGUAGCUUUUAUCUACUCUUGUUCAAAAACAGGUAAAGAGUUUAUCAACAAAAGAGUCAUUGGUGUUGAUCCACCCGAUGUAGAAGAUGAUGAGAACGAUGAUGUCAAGAAAAAGCGUAUGAAGAUAAAGGAAGAUGUUCCAUCAGAAAAUAAAUCUGAUGAUGAUCAUGAUACGAAUGGUAACAAAUUGAUUGGUGGUCUGUUCUGCAUUCUUGCCGUAAUGACACUUUCUAUAGCAGCGGCGCUCAUUUUUGAAGGAUGUUUCUUGGCAAAUGCAAGACUUCUUCCAGAUGAUAAUUGUCCUGAUUAUCCAAUGGACUGUUUCGUUUUUAAUCAGAUAGCAGAUCCGCAACCAAUAACGCAAAGUGCCAGUUUUCGUUGUCUACCUACAAAUAAAACUCAGUUUCCAAGUGGUGCCUCUAACGGUAUUGCUGUGUGUUUUGGAUGGAUCAUCAAACUUCAAACAACAAAAAACAUUCUGGAUCAGUUCGGUAUAUGUACGGGUCUAAUUGGUCUCUUUACUACACUCCUAGCUAUCAUUAUUUAUCUUGGAAAAUCUAUAAAAACAAUUGUUCUAAGCUGUAUAUUUAUUGUAGCUUCCAUCGUUACCAUCAUUCUUUUAGCAGUCUUUAAAUGGUCAUUUGCUCCGCUAACGUAUGCCGUACUUGUUCUAGGAAUGACAUUGGGAAUAUUUGGAGUGUGUCUCUAUUUCAUUCUGCCAAAACCAAUAGAUAAGAACACCAAUCAACCAACACCUGAACCAAAUAAAAGUCCAAUAGAUUCUCCGCCUCAUACGGUUGUACCUGUUUCAAUGUCAUACACUCCUAAGACGACAGCAGCAUAUCGUAAUAAAGUUGCAGAACGACAAUCGAAAGUUUUUCCCGAAUCAACUUCUCCGUCUAACAUAAAACAAUGA